CAGGAAGAAGGGGACAGACUUCCCGUAACUCGCAUGUCUCCUCAUGAGAUAAGAUCGUCCGUAAAACAGCAUCAGUUCAGGAGCUUAACACCACAGGAGGCGGCUCUAGCACUCAACCAGCCAAUCGCAGCCACGCAGUGCAACCGGUGACCCACUCAGAGGGCUGGGCUUGGAGCUCGAGAAAAGCACCGGCAGAAGCAAAGGGAGCAGAAGGACCAGGGAAGCAUCGUGCGUUGUGCAUCUCUCGACCGUGAUCAUGUGUCAGCCAAGCCUGAAGCAACAGCAGCGGCGGAGCACAGUAGGGAAAUGGUUGCAGUUCCCGCAGUUGGCUUUGCGGCGGCGUCUUGGACAGCUGAGCUGUAUGUCCCGGCCCACUGCUCGACUGCGCUCAUGGCCACUCUCCUUCCUCCACUACAUACUGCCAUUUGCUGUACUCAAGCCCCUUGCCAAGGUGGGCUGGCGUCCCACAAGCAGAGUUACCAUAUACAAGACCAUACCCACGCGACUACUCUCCAGGGCCUGGGGUCGUCUUAACCAGGUUGACCUUCCCGUCUGGUUACGGAAGCCCAUUUAUAGACUGUACAUAUGGACAUUUGGGGUGAACAUGAAGGAGGCGGCUGUGGAAGACCUGCAGCAUUACAAGAACUUGGGCGAGUUCUUCAGACGCAAACUCAAACCACAGGCCCGGCCUGUGUGCGACUCGCACUGUGUGAUCAGUCCAGCUGAUGGGAAGAUCCUUCAUUUUGGCCGGGUAAAGAACUGCGAGGUGGAGCAGGUGAAGGGGGUCACCUACUCUCUUGAGACCUUUCUUGGUCCAUACACAUGGUCUGAAAGCUUGGCCAUCAACAGAAGUGAGGAUGACCAGAGCAACUUCCAGAACCUACUGGUGACGAAGGAGGGGAAUGAGCUCUACCACUGCGUGGUGUAUCUGGCUCCUGGAGAUUAUCACUGCUUCCACUCGCCCACUGAUUGGCGAGUUGCGCACAGACGCCACUUUCCUGGCUCUCUGAUGUCGGUGAACCCGGGCAUAGCACGGUGGAUUAAAGAGCUCUUCUGUCAUAACGAGCGCGUGGUGUUGAGCGGAGAGUGGAGACACGGCUUCUUUUCACUAACGGCUGUCGGAGCCACCAAUGUCGGAUCCAUCAGGAUCUACUUCGACAAGGAGCUCCGUACAAACAACCCUUGUUACAGUAAAGGCUCAUACAAUGACUUUAGCUAUGUAUCCAACAACAACCAGGAGGGUGUGAGUCUGCGUAAAGGUGAGCACUUGGGCGAGUUCAACUUGGGAUCCACCAUCGUUCUGCUGUUUGAAGCUCCACAAGACUUCACCUUUAACCUCACAGCAGGCCAAAAGAUCCGUUUCGGAGAACCUCUAGGGAUGAUGGAGACAUGAGAGCACGAGGAUCUCGUGUGUGGACACUGUGAUCCAACGUGCAGACUUGAAGCAGGAGUUCGCAGACUAACACGCAGCGCACACCAAGGAACACCUCUUACUUGACGUGGACGGAUUCACAGCACCACUGUUGCAUUUAUUGUGAUUCGGAGUCCCGUUUACUUCAGAGGUGUUUAUAACAGUUGUUGGGUUUUUUUUUUUUUUAAUUUUUUUAUUUUAUAAAGUUCUCUGUUAACAUGCUAAGCUUAGACCAUCAAAGUGUGGGCGUGACAAUUUGGUUGACUAGAAAGGUUUUUUUUUUUUUUUUUUUUAAUGCUUCAAAUUAUUUGUGAAAAUUGUUUCAUUUUUUUGGCCAUAUUGCCUUUCAUUGUUUUGGGGUGGAUGGAUUCUUCAGGGAUGUGUAGCACUGAUAGAGAUUUAUACACAACGGGACUACGUACAUAUUGGCACUUUUUUUGAUUUUUGCUCCACAGUAAACAAAAAAAAAAACCCUUAUUCCAUUUCUGAUUUGAUGUAUGAAACUGAGCAGUAACAUGCGAUUAGAUUUGAGUUCUGACAUUGAGGAGAUAAAACAGCAUUAAUGUCAAUGAUUCAAAUGGAAUUUAAACAAUACGAACCUCUCGGAUAAAUGAAGACCUUUUGCACAGAGAGCAAGUGGAUGUUUCUAAAAUGAAAGAAUCAGGGGUGGGUUUGCCAAUAAUGUUGCCCUUUAGGGCUAAAGAGCAAGUUGAGGGACUCUCUUAAGCAACGAACAUUGUCCCUGUACAUGGUUUUCCCAAACUCACUCGUAAGAAGGUCUCUUCAGUGCAGCAUUACUAAAAACUCCUUUGCAAUGCCGAUAUAGGCAUCAGUAUUAGCUAAAGACAUUCGUACUGUCAUUGCUGACGGCAUUAGGAGUUGCUAAAUCCAGUCGACGAGGUCACGUGGUGUUUUUGUUUUUACCAAAAGCUGAUGAAAUAAUAAAUGUUUAAAAAAUCAAAUCAAAUCAAGUUUAUUUGUACAGCGCUUUUAACAAUAAACAUUGUCGCAAAGCAGCUUUACAGAAUUUGAACGACUUAAAACAUGAGCUAAUUUUAUCCCUAAUCUAUCCCCAAUGAGCA